AUGCAUUCAGCUUCAGCUUCAUCAAGUCGUAUCCUGUAUGACGUGCCAUGCGCCGUCUGUAGAGACCACUCAUCAGGAAAGCACUACGGCGUCUUCGCAUGCGACGGCUGCGCAGGGUUCUUCAAGCGAUCCGUGCGCCGCGACCGACGGUACACGUGCAAAGCGCGGAACCCGGGAGGCUGUCUGGUUGAUAAAGCUCACAGAAAUCAAUGCCGCUCCUGUCGACUGGAUAAGUGUCUGCAAGCUGGCAUGAAUAAAGAUGCCGUCCAACACGAAAGAGGCCCUCGAAACUCAACGAUCCGCCGCCAAAUGGCAUUAUUCAUGAAAGACCCAUUGCCAGGCUCCGAAGUCGGCGGACCGAUCCCGCCGCCAUUGAACUUAGCUUUGCCAAAGCACGACCUGAUGCCGUCACAACCAAUGCCGUUAUACAACCCUUACAAUUACCCCUCCAUAGGUGUCUUUAGUCCUCCGAUUAAUCCUGUCCCCCAUCGGCCUCCGUCUCCCCUCCCUCCUUUGAAUCCUUUUCUCUUCGGAGCAAAUGAUCCAGCAGCAAUAUGUGAAGCUGCUGCCCGUCUUCUGUUCAUGAACGUCCGAUGGUCACGCAACAUUCCCGCUUUCGCAAACCUUUCCUUGCAAGACCGACUUCUCCUUCUCGAACAGUCCUGGAAAAGCCUCUUCGUGCUAGGAGCAGCUCAAUUUCUCUACCCCAUGGAUUUAAACGUGCUAAUAGAUAGGAAUAUUUCAAUUGGAGACAAUAAAAAAGACGCAGAAACAUUUGAGUCGGCUUUAGCUCAAAUAUCUAAAGUAAAUCCGGAUGCAAAUGAAUAUGCGUGUCUUCGGGCGAUAUUACUGUUCAAGGCGACUUCAGACAAAAACGGGGGCAGUCCUAACAAAGAGUCGGAGAACCGAAGACUUGAAAAUGCUACUGCGGUCGCUGUUCUGCAUGAUCAGUCCACCUACAUGUUGAAUGAGUAUUGUCUGCGUGCCUAUCCGCUGCAGCUGGCGCGAUCUAGCCGACUCCUGAACUUGUUGCCCAUCAUCCGGAGUGUGCCAAGCUGCGCCAUCGUUGAGCUGUUCUUCAGAGCAACUGUUGGGGACACCCCCAUCGAACGUAUACUUGCCGAUAUGUACACCAGCGGCCGGAUUACCGAAUAG